AUGAAGUUCAGCAACUGGGAAUGCCAACUUGACACUGCUGACUUGUUGGUGGGGGACCAGAACCGUGCGACACAGUCCACUGUGAAACAACUUGACACAGCUGACUUGUUGGCGGGGGACCAGAACCGUGCGACACAGUCCACUGUGAAACAACUUGACACAGCUGACUUGUUGGCGGGGGACCAGAACCGUGCGACACAGUCCACUGUGAAACAACUUGACACAGCUGACUUGUUGGCGGGGGACCAGAACCGUGCGACACAGUCCACUGUGAAAGACUUGGAUCCUCCAAUGUCGCCAGUGGGUCCCCUGCGGGUGGACUUCAGCAGUCCGCUGAGCCUGGAGCUCAUCAAGGAGAACAACGGGCAGCUGGAGCCGGGCGGACGCUACAAACCCAAAGACUGCGAGGCGCUGCAGAAGGUCGCCAUCAUCAUACCAUUUCGCAAGCGAGAGGAGCACCUCAAAUACUGGCUCUACUAUCUGCACCCCAUCCUGCAGCGCCAGCAACUGGACUACGGAGUCUACGUCAUCAAUCAGGACGGAGACGAGAUCUUCAACCGAGCCAAACUGUUGAACGUGGGCUACACGGAGGCUCUGAAGGACUAUGACUACGACUGUUUUGUCUUCAGCGAUGUGGACUUGAUCCCAAUGGACGACCGCAACACUUAUAAGUGUUUCAGUCAGCCUCGACACUUGUCUGUGUCCAUGGACAAGUUUGGCUUCAGGCUGCCCUACAAGCAGUACUUUGGGGGCGUGUCCUCCAUGUCCAAACAACAGUUUCUCACCAUCAACGGCUUCCCCAACAACUACUGGGGGUGGGGGGGCGAGGACGACGACAUCUACAACAGACUGGCGUCCAAAGGAAUGUCCAUCUCCAGACCCACAGGUGAGGUGGGCAGGUGUCGCAUGAUCCGACACGACCGAGACAGGAAGAACGAGCCCAACCCUCAGAGGUUUGACCGCAUCUCCCACACCCGGGACACCAUGACCAAGGAUGGCAUCAAGUCCUUGUCCUACCAGCUGGUGUCCAGACUGACCAUGGAUCUCUUCACCAACAUCACAGUGGACAUUGGCAGACCCUGACCAACACAUCUGACAUGCUGGACCUGGUCCAACCCUGACCACCAAAUGUGCCUUCGGUCUGACAUGCUGGACCUGCUUUGGUUUCUGUCUGCUUCCUUCAAACCUAUCACUCGCUCUGUCAAUCAAUGACCCGAUCCAUCGAUCAGACAAAUAUUGAUGUGGUCAACGUCCGCUCCUAAUUUCUGUUUCUCCUAAAUCAUUUGAAUCAAUGGUCUUUUGUUGCCAUGACAACUGAUUGUCAUCCUUUAAUGUGAGCCUGGACUUCAAGAUCAGCUUUAAUCACUUUGCAAGACUUUCAUGCAGACAAUCAGUGUCCCGUCACAUAUCGAUCAUUUAUUGAUCAGCUUGAAUCACUUAGUGUGUGUGUGUGUGUGUGUGUGUGUGUGUGUGUGUGUGUGUGUGUGUGUGUGUAAUGUAGACAAUCAGCGCUUAAUGGCUUCCAAGCUAGUUAGUGGCGAGCAGUUGCCGUGAAACAUAUUUGCUUUAACAGUUUACUCAUCCCAAUGAACUUUGAACUCUUCCUAUCAAACAUUCAAAGAUGGAGGAAGUUACAAACGUUUCUCAUGUUUUCACAAUAAAAGCACUUGGUCACUGUG